GUGUAUAUAUAUAGAGUAACUUAGAUUGCUUAUUUAAUCAUUAAAUGAGUAAAAAUUAAAAUCAAAUACAACUUAUAGCAACAAGUUUAAAAUAAUUUUCAAAAAAUCUGAUACAAUAAUCCAACUUAUUUUCAAAGAAUAUGACGCAUCAUUUAUCCGACAUUCAUCUUAGCUACAUGUUGUGAAUCAAAUCUCACAAGACACCACCUUGAACUACGGAAACAAGACACCACCUUGAACUAAUUCCGUAGUUCAUAAUUUAACUUUAUCUCCCAAGUACACCCAAAAGAAUCAGCUCUAAAUAACACAGAAAACACAGAGAUUAUCAAAAAAAAAAAAAAAAAAAAAAAAAACAAUUAAAUUAUUAAUCCAUAAAACCCCAUUUGAAAAACCCAGAAAACAAUAAAAAAAAAGAAGAUAUCUUUAACACUUUAACAACUACCCAACACUAUCUCUCUUCUUCUUCUUCUUCUUCUUCUUCUUCUUCAAAACACUGCUUGCGCUACUAAAUAUAACCACCCCCAAUUCAGCUACAUGACGGGAAUGCCAACGCGCCACCUAAUCCAUACUCACGCGCCGUCGUUUGUUUCUCACGCGCGUCCUCCUCCUCUUUCCGAUUUUGCCGCUUCUCAAUCUUUUCCGGCUACACCCACCUCCCAAAGACAGAUGGCAUUUUCAAACUUGUGUUAUAUCAACUUUAAUAACCAUAGAAGACUGGAGGUUGUUUGUUUUGGUAUGUUAUCACCAAGAAAGUUCAUGCAAAAGAGGAAAAAAAUAGAAUUAUUCAAAGAUGCAGCCCAUGAAGCAGAUCAAAAAAACUGGAGGAAAUUGAUGCUGGAAAUUGAUGAAACUGGUUCUGCAGUUCCUGUUCUGAGAAGUCGAAAGGCUUCCAAUGAUUCUCUUCCAAAAGAUCUUGUACUCGGGACUUUGGUUAGAUUGAAGCAGUUAAAGAAAUGGAAUCUUGUUAGUGAGAUUCUUGAAUGGCUAAGGACUCAGCAGUGGUGGGACUUCAAUGAAAUGGAUUUUGUGAUGCUUAUCACGGCUUAUGGGAAGCAAGGGGACUUUGUAAAAGCUGAGAACAUAUUUAGCUUCAUGAAUAAGAAGGGAUACACUCCAAAUGUGGUAUCCUACACUGCUCUCAUGGAAGCAUAUGGAAAAGGAGGCCAAUACAGUAAAGCCGAGUCUGUGUUUCGGAGAAUGCAGACUUCAGGUCCCGAACCCUCUGCUUUGACAUAUCAAAUAAUCCUCAAGAUAUUUGUUGAGGGAAACAAGUUCGAGGAAGCUGAACAAAUUUUUGAGAAUUUGACAAAUGAUGAGAAAUCUCCUUUGAAACCAGAUCAGAAGAUGUUCCAUAUGAUGAUUUACAUGCAUAAGAAGGCUGGAAGCUAUGAGAAGGCCCAUAAACUCUUCUGUCUGAUGGCUGAACGGGGGAUUCAACGAUCCACAGUUACAUUCAAUAGUCUUAUGUCGUUUGAAACCAACUAUAAGGAAGUUUCUCGUAUUUAUGACCAGAUGCAAAAGGCAGGUCUCAGACCUGAUGUUGUUAGCUAUGCUUUACUCAUCCAUGCCUAUGGGAAAGCUAGACGUGAGGAGGAAGCUUUAGCUGUUUUUGAGGAAAUGCUGGAUGCAGGUGUCAGGCCGACUCAUAAAGCUUACAAUAUAUUGCUUGAUGCUUUUGCUAUCUCCGGGAUGGUGGAGCAAGCUCGAAAUGUCUUUAAGUGCAUGAGGCGAGAUAGGUUUACCCCUGAUCUAUGCUCCUAUACAAGUAUGCUUUCAGCAUAUAUAAACGCCUCUGACAUGGAUGGCGCUGAGAAAUUUUUUAAGAGACUGAGAGUCGACAAACUUGAGCCCAACGUUGUUACUUAUGGGACAUUGCUGAAAGGCUAUGCUAAAGUAAAUAAUCUUGAGAAGAUGAUGGAAACAUAUGAAGAUAUGAUAACACAUGGGAUCAAAGCAAACCAAACAAUUUUUACCACAAUAAUGGAUGCGUAUGGAAAGAAUAAAGAUUUUGCAAGUGCUGUGCAUUGGUAUAAGGAGAUGGACAAUCGUGGAUGUCCUCCUGAUCAAAAGGCAAAGAACAUCCUCCUGUCACUGGCUAAAACAGAAGAAGAACAAGAGGAAGCUAAUCAACUUGUGGGAAGUAAUGCAAGCUAUCAAACCCCCCGGUUCUCUAAUUACAGCAGUGACGAUAUAAAUGAAGUCAGUGAUGAGUCUGAUGACGACUAUUCUGAUGACGAAACAGAAGUGAAUAUUAACUCUGCAUCUUCUGAAAUACAGGAUGAGUUGAUAGCUAACAAAAGUUCAUGACAUUGAGGCAUGCUGAUGCUAUAGUUAUUAACACAGGUCCCAACUGUAUGUGACAACAUAUAAAUCAGUGUCAACAAUUUUGUUUGUAUAUUUCCAACCCAUAUUUUAGUUUGGUUUAGAAGGAACCAUUUCCAGGAAUGUAUUCAGAUAGUGAAAGAAUUGUUACACAUAGCAAUAUAAUUAUAUUAUGGAGUAAUUAUUUCCA